GUCACGUGCCUAGUGGGGGUGUUGUCUCUCAGUCAGUGCGACGUUGUAUUAAAGUUGUAAGAUGGCGACAGCGCAUCUGAGGAUCGGGGACCUGGUGUGGGGGAAGCUCGGUCGUUACCCACCAUGGCCAGGGAAGGUGGUGAGCCCUCCCAAGGACCUGAAGAAGCCCCGGGGCAAGAAAUGCCAUUUUGUGAAAUUCUUUGGAACUGAAGACCACGCCUGGAUCAAGGUGGAGCAGCUGAAGCCGUACCACGCCCACAAAGAGGAGAUGAUCAAGAUCAACAAGGGCAAACGCUUCCAGCAGGCGGUGGACGCCGUGGAGGACUUCCUGAAGAAGGCCAAGGGGAAGGAGCCGAACUCUGAGAGCAAAGGGGACUCCAAAGGAAAGAAGACGCCCACCAAGCCUCUGAAGAUCCUGGAGGAGGAAGAUGAGGACCUCAGUGCCCUGAAGGACCCGUCUGAGAAGGACCUGACGGACUCUGACCCAGAGAGGCCGGGACCAGGACUCACCCGGGAGAGCAGUCUCGUGAAGGACGACCCACACUUCCAUCACUUCCUCCUCAGCCAGUGUGAGAAGCCGGCCUCCUCCAUGGAGCCCAUCAGCAAGCGGCUGAAGAUCGUUGAAGAGGACUCCGGGUCCACGUCCAUCCAGGCAGCAGACAGCACGGCCAUCAGCGGCAGCAUCACGCCCACAGACAAAAGGAUCGGGUUCCUGGGUCUGGGCCUGAUGGGCAGCGGGAUCGUCUCCAACCUGUUGAAGAUGGGUCACGUGGUCACCGUGUGGAACCGCACGGCAGAAAAGUGUGACCUGUUCAUCCAGGAAGGAGCCCGGUUAGGCCGGACCCCCGCCGAGGUGGCGUCCACGUGUGACAUCACGUUCUCCUGUGUCUCUGGACCCAAGGCGGCCCGGGAUUUGGUGAUGGGGCCCAGCGGCGUGCUGCAGGGAAUCAGACCAGGCAGGUGCUAUGUGGAGAUGUCCACCGUGGACCCCGAGACCAUCACAGAGCUCUCACGGGUGAUCACCUCGCGGGGGGGCCGUUUCCUGGAGGCCCCGGUGGCAGGAAGCCAGCAGCUCUCCAACGACGGGAUGCUGGUCAUCCUGUCGGCCGGAGACCGGACCGUGUACGAGGACUGCAGCAGCUGCUUCCAGGCCAUGGGCAAGACCUCCUUCUUCCUGGGGGAAGCGGGCAAUGCGGCGCGGAUGAUGCUGAUCCUCAACAUGGUGCAGGGCAGCUUCAUGGCCACCAUAGCAGAGGGGCUGACCCUGGCCCAGGCCACGGGCCAAUCACAGCAGACCUUCCUGGACAUCCUGUGCCAGGGCCAGAUGGCGAGCACCUUCGUGGACCAGAAAUGCCAAAAUAUUCUCCAGGGCAACUUUAAGCCGGACUACUAUUUGAAACACAUCCAGAAGGACCUGAGGCUCGCCAUCUCCAUGGGGGACAUGGCCAACCACCCGACCCCGAUGGCCGCGGCGGCCAACGAGGUGUACAAGCGGGCCAAGGCCUUGGACCAGUCCGACAACGACAUGUCUGCGGUCUACCGGGCCUACAUCCACUAGAGGCCCCGCCCCCACCCUUAUGUCAUGAGUUUUUAUAUUUUAAACGUUUUAUUUGUGUUGCCAUGUUAGCUGCCCGCCCGUCACGGGGCGCCGAGCGUCACACUGCCCGCGCUGUCUGUGCGGCGAGAGCCCAGGUUCAGGGGCCCAGGGUCAGGGGCCCAGGGUCAGGGGCCCAGGGGUCCGGCUCGAGCCAGAGAACACGCACAGCGCCGAAAGAUUUCUGUUUGUUGUUGGUGUGCAAAUGACAAGUAUAUUUAAUGAAGUGAGAUCUUUCCUUUUAACAUGUCCAGAAACCCAGCAGAACAUGCCACUGCAUUGCCUUAACAUUGACCCCCCCCCCCCCCUCACUUCUAUUUAUUGGUCUGUUUCUCGCUCUUCUUCGUGCAGUGUGGCUGUUUCCUGAUUCCACAAGAUAAUUUAUGCUUUUUGGUGUUAUUGAUUUCUCUCGAGUAGGUUAAAGAUCUUUAAAAUGCAUUUGUUCCUGUUUGAAGAGUUCUUCUUUCAUAUCACUCUGAAACCACUCUGAACCCCCCCCCCCCCCCCCCCCACACACACACACACACGGUGGUGUUGAUAUGAAGCCCCAUGAAGGAGCUUCAUCCCUCAGCCAGCAUCCUCAGUGAUGAUGUCAUGGUUGAUUCACUAUGACAUCAUCACUGUUGGGUGAACGUGUGGCGUGGAGGUCUUCACAGGACUGGGGGAACCAGCGCCCCCCCCCCCCCCCCAAGCAUCCAGAUGGUUUCUCCUCUGUCCGCGUAUAUUCCCCAAAAUAUGCAUUUUUGGACCCGAGCUGGUCGUCUAAUCACUUUUCUUUUUACAUUUCAAUUCUUCAAAUGUUGCCCCGAACGUUCAUGAUGGAUCGCCGCUGGACUCACUGGGAUCUCGGAAGGUGUCCUCGUUGUAGUGUCGUCAUGACAACAGGGGGGGGGGGGGGGGUCUUGUUGAAGGGGACUUCAUGCGUGUUCGGGUAACGUUCCGUGGGUCUUGGCCCUGUGAAGACCUCCACUACACACACACACACACACACACACACACAUACACACACACAAGCAGAUGAUGAUGUCCGGCAUAUGUAAGAUUACUCUCUAUCCUUGAGAAGAACCCCAUCGGGGUCGCCAUGUGGGACGCGAGUGACCCCGGAGGCUAGCCAGCCCACGCCCCGUGCGGUGACCCCACGGGGUUCUUGUCGUUGCGUAGAUUGACUUCUGGAGGGUUUCUUUUCUACUUGAGGCCUCUUUGUGUCGUCAUGCUGCACACGGGGAUGUUUCCAUGUGUGGGUGCUAUCAUCUGGCUUCACGUUCACAUGACUGAUCGUGUUGGAGGGCGGGGGGGCGGAGCUUUUGGUUUGGGGGAUAUUUAUGAGUUGUGUACCAUGUGGAAGUAUCCAGACUUUUGUGCUGUUUAAUAAACCGUCUCCUGGUUA